UUGAUGUAUACAGUGUAACUGAUUUUGAUUAAACAUUGUUUGUCAUCGUCCUCAUGUAUAAUACGUCCAUGUCAUGAGGUAUUCUAGACUAUCUUUAUAUAGAACGAUUGAAGUUGAACUCUUGCUAUAUGAAUAUUACAGAUCUGUUAAGAAACGCAUGAAAUGUAGUGCUGAUUUAGGCCUAGUAUAGGCUUUGUUGACUAGGCUGAAACAAGCUCACAGUAUGGAAGGCGAAUUCUGGAACAUGGGGAUACUCAAUCCAGAGUUAUUUCAGAGCAACUCACCCUGGUUGGAUGUUGUUAAGUGCUUAUUGACGAUCGUUUUAUUACAAAUGUUUACGUAUGGGGGAAAAACAUGGAGAAUAUACUUUCACAAGGCUUUGAUCAACAUUUUGUAUCACAGAGAUGCCUUGAACAUUUUCAGAAUUAAAAAUGUACUUCGGCAUUCUUUAAAUGAGGUGACAAAGAAGCUGCAUGCCUUAGAAAUACUGUUAACCAAAGAAAAAGAACAACAUUCAAGAACAGCCGAGAAGCUAAAAAUAAAUUCUACAGUUCUUAAAGAGGAAAAAAUAAUCAGGAAAGAAACCGAACAAAUAUUGGCAGAUGUCAACAGGAAAUAUACUAAAAAAUGUGAAUUAUAUGAAAGAGUAAGCUGGAAAUAUGAAGAGACUAUGGCUGAAGUGGCCAACCUAAAAAAAGUGAAGGAAAUAUAUAGGUGUAAACUCUAUGACAGCGAACAACAAUUGGGAGAAGUAACCAAGAAAAAUACUGAACUUCGUAAAUUAUAUGAGCAAGAACGCCUAAGACGUCGUGAACAGGCGGUGGCCGAAGCAGCAAAAAUAAGAAAUGUGGAGAAAAUGCAUGUGUCUAAAUUGUAUGAGAACGAACAAAGAUUGGCACAAGUAACCAAGAAAAAUACUGAACUUCGUAAAUUAUACGAUCAAGAAUGUAUAAAACGUCGUGCACAGGGCGUAAACCUAAGAAAAGUGGAGAAAAUGCACAGAUCUAAAAUGUAUGAGUUUGAAGAAAAAUUGGCAGAUGCCAUUAAGGAAAAUACUGACCUACGUGAUUCAUAUAACAAAGAAUGCUCAAAACGUGAAGAGGCGGUGACUGAAUUGGAAAGGUUCAAAAAUUCAAACAGAAUGUUUAGGUCUAAACUGUAUGAGCAAGACACUAAGCUUGCCGAAAUGGAAGAUCAUUUGGAGAGUUGCACACGCCGAUUGAAAACAGCAAAGAAUUUCGAAGAGGUUACCCUACGAGAAAAGCAAAUGGCAGAUAAAGAGAGAGAUACGAUUGCCAGAAAUUUUGAAGAUCUUAAUAAUGAAAUGGUUAUCGAAAGACGUAAGAUUAAAGAAUCAAUGUCAAAAAAUGACUUGCUUCUUAAAAGGUAUGUGUGUCUUAAGUGGAAAUAUAUAUAU